AUAGGUAGUGGGCUACCACAUUUUUUUGAAAAAAAAGUAAUGUAAUGAUUUCAUUGUGUAAUAUAUCAAUUAAUUUAAAAUGAUAUAUAUCAUAAACAAAGGAAGAGAAGGUGAACAAACAUGGGCCGUUAAGUGGCUGAGCAUUGGAUUUGAACUGUUCAAUCUGAUCCUAUUCAAAAUGUUAAUUUUGCCCAACCCAAGCCUGGUCCAUUGACGACCCUACACAUACUCAGUGCAAUUCACCUGAUUAAAAAAAUUUAUGUAUUUCUUUAAUAAGAAGAUGAGAGAACAUCACUAGAAAUUUAUUCACAUGGGAGCUAAAUAAAAAAGACUUCCAAAAAGAACAUGAGACAUUAGCAUAAGGUAUACCAAAACCAUUUGGGACGCUAUUAAUUUUGAAUUACAAAGAAGAUGCAAAACAUUAAAAAUGCAUAUGAAUCAAGGAAGAAAUGAAACAAAUGAUUUUUAUUUAUUUUUUAAUGGCAUUGUGCAGUCUAUGAAGUUCAUUGACAUCACCAAUGCUGCAAUCCACGACAUUCAUCUAUUGAACAGCAAGUCCUUUCACAUCAGCUUAUUUUGGUCACAGGAGGUUCAAGUCUACAACCUCACUAUUACAGCCCCGGGAGACAGCCCUAAUACCGAUGGAAUCCAUGUCAGUUCAUCCAUGAACAUCAACAUCACAAGUUCAACCAUAGGCGUCGGUGAUGAUUGUGUAUCGAUUGGAGAAGGCAACAAUGGGAUUUUCAUCUCUAACAUAUUCUGCGGUCCGGGCCAUGGGAUCAGCAUUGGUAGCCUUGGCAAGCACACUAAAGAGAAGUCCGUAACCGGUGUACACGUGAUGAACUGUACUCUCAGCAGGACCAUGAACGGCCUAAGGAUUAAAACAUGGCCCGGAUCAUCCAUACUUGAAGCUUCAAAUUUCACAUUUGAAGAUGUCAUUCUGGACAGAGUUUCUAACCCAAUAAUCAUCAAUCAGAAAUACUGUCCAUCCCAUGAUUGCGAAGAUAAGCCGUCACACGUGCAGAUCAGCCACAUAAUUUACAAAAACAUCACUGGCACUUCUUCUAAUAAUCUUGCAGUCCAUCUUGAGUGCAGUGCGGCUGUUCCAUGCCAAGACAUACAACUUAAUGAUAUCGACUUGGUGAAUGUUGAUCCCACUGCCGAGGUCUUAUCCUGUUGCUUCAACGUCAAUCAACUGAUAACUAUAGGUGUACAGAAUCCACCACGUUGUAAAGUCAAUACAAGGUGUACUAAUUAGUUCCUUAAUUCCUAGGAAAUGCCACAUGUAUGUAUUUGAUACCAUUUGAAUGUUUGCAAGAUAGUUAAUUAAUUUCUUGUUGAUGUA